GGAUGAUAUCACAUUAUUAUGCAUCUUGGGGUUUUUUCUGCCGUGGAGCCUCGAGGGUAGGCGGUGACCAAUCAUCACCAGCGGCAGCGCGGGCGCGCGGGAAGUUGGUUGCCCGGUAAACAAACCUCCAGAAGCUCACCCAAAACGCUGGGUUUGCUACAACCGAAACAACAACCUCUUCCGGCCCCAGUCUUGACAAUUCAUGCCAUCAUCCCUACAUUAUCCUGUUUCCUGUUUUAACCCUGGCUAUCAUAAGGUGACUUUGACUGCUGCGCGAGGAGCAUUCAAAACCCUUGUUCUGGCCCCCUCGCUCUCAGCCGGCCCCCGCUGCUUGAUUGACAAUCAGCGAGAGCUCUCGCAGCCUCCUCUAUAAAAGCCCCCUUGUCUCCCCAUUUCCUAUUACCAUUGUCGUUUUCGUUUGGAUAAACAAGAGAGUUGCUCAAGCAAGCACGCGGCCAUGGACUACAACGUGGAAGACACCCAAAACUCCGGCCCAGGUUCCGCCGUGACCCUGGAGACUUCAAAACUGGGCAUUGGCGUGACAAGGACGGAUACUCAAAAUGUUACGAAGCGACUACAGAGUGAACUGAUGCAGUUGAUGAUGUCUCCUUCGCCGGGUAUAUCUGCCUUCCCAGACGCUGAUGGCAAUCUACUUUCGUGGACGGCCACAAUCAGCGGACCAACAGAGACGCCCUACGAGGGCCUCACAUUGAAGCUUUCCUUUGUCUUUCCUUCAAACUACCCCUAUGCGCCGCCGACAGUCCUCUUCAAGACGCCCAUUUACCACCCCAACGUCGACUUUUCCGGUCGGAUCUGUCUCGAUAUUCUGAAGGAUAAGUGGAGUGCGGUGUACAAUGUGCAGAGCGUUCUGUUGAGUCUGCAGAGCUUGCUGGGGGAACCUAACAAUGCAAGUCCACUAAAUGGUCAAGCCGCAGAGCUCUGGGACAACAACCCAGAGGAAUAUAAGCGGCAUGUUCUCGCACGACAUCGGGAUAUUGAAGCUGGUGAAUAGAAGAUUAAGGUCAUUUGGCUAUUGACGACAAUUUAUGAUGGAGCUGGAAAUUAAUCAGGAUGCAUAACGUUUCUUUUUCUGGUUGGUUUUGCAUGAAAUAAAACCACCGUUGGGUUGUUUUGGGGGGUUAUACAUUGCGAGCCCUUGUGGUUUACUCUCUUCCACCACCGUUUUGAAACAUGGAGUUCGUCAGGGUGCUCUGCUUCUUUUUUUCUUCCGCUAUUUAUUUAUAUUUUCCCCUACAACUAGGUUGUUACGACUUGGAGUACGAAUUCCAGUUUUUGGAGGACAGCGAAUAAUAUUCCUCUCUUCUUUUUUCCCCAACUCUCGCUGUUCCUCUUCCUCUCUCAUUUUAGCAGACACUGCCUUCCCACUGUUUCAUACGCUACCUUCACAUACCUAGUCAUCUUCCUGCUGGGGAGUUUUGAUCUCCUUCCCAUGUUGUCGUUGGUUCGCAUUGGAUCUCCAAGAAUGCUGGCGUGCGAAGUUUGCCAUUGGUGAAAUUGAACAACGCCCUGUUGAAGUCCCUCUUUUUUUUUCACCUCUAAGCUCUCAAGCGGAACUCACAGAGGCUAUGUUUGUAUAUGGAUUAUCCUUAAAAUUGCAGAACAUAUCAUUAUCCUACACUCUGCCUUUGGAGACGUGCGCGCGGUGUGUCCUUUGCAGACCCGACUACCGUGUACCGUGGCUCCCACUAUCACCUCAGCUACUAAACGUAACACCCCUCUUCUACAACAUAUACUACACUUGACAUUCAACACCAGAUGGAGUUAACGUGCCUUUCACUACACCAGGAGCCAAUGCUGUCAUGCGUCUUUUAGACCAUUUCUCUCUAGAGACGUAGUUGACAGCACACUGUCUGUAACUUACACCGAGAAAGAGUUUUAUAAACCGGCUUACUCUAGCGAUAAUAUCCAGGAGCGUCAAGGUAUAGAGAAACAAGCCAAGCUCCUGUCAAAUGUCGAAUGAGUGGGUUAA